AUGAGGGACGCAGGGCUCAUAGCAAGGCCAUCAAAAUUCAUGUUAGGCUAUAGCAAGUUGAAGUUCCUCGGACAUAAGGUUGGAGGUGGAAACGUGGGCCCGCAGGACGUCCUGGUGAGUAGGAUCCAGAAUGCCCCAGUGCCGCAGACGAAACAGGAAGUGAGAGCCUUCAUGGGCCUAGCGGGGUAUUACCGGAAAUAUAUACCCAACUUUGCAACCAUCGCAGCGCCCCUAACAGAUCUGACUCGAAACGGGCAGCCAAACAAGAUCCGAUUGGGUCAAGCGCAGGAGAACACCUUCCUUGUCCUCAAGCGGUAUUUGUUGACGAACCCCAUCCUCAGGUUGCCAGAUAUGAAGAUCCUUUAUACUGCGCACCGACGCAUCGGAUACGGGAAUCGGAGCGAUUUUACUACAGAGUCGAAUGGGGAGCUGUUUCCUGUCUCAUAUGCAAGUAAAAGAUUAUGCCCUAGGGAGAAGGCAUAA